CUCGUGAUGACGUCAACAAACUGCCAAGUCCAGGAAGCUAGAAGUUUCUUUACAGUGCGACGCCAGCGUUUCGGUCGAGUGUUGUAAAAAGCAGCAGGAGAACGGUUAGGAAGUAAAGUCGUCGCACAUCGGUCAACAAACAUGUCAGCGUCAGGUCUGCUGGCUAAUUACUGCACCGAGCUCUACAAUGGCCAGGCCCUUAAAGUGGACAAAUACCUGCAUAAUCUCCAACUGUCGGAUAAAACCUUGGUGGAUUUGUCAAAAACAUUUCGACGAGAGAUGGACAAAGGCUUGUGCAGAGACACCAACCCCACAGCUGCUGUCAAAAUGCUGCCCACGUUUGUGUGCUCAACUCCAGAUGGAACAGAGGAAGGUGAAUUUCUAUCUCUCGACCUUGGGGGUGCCAACUUCCGUGUCCUCUUGGUCAAAGUCAAGGCUAACGGGAAGCAGAAGGUGGAGAUGGAAAACCAGAUUUAUGACAUUCCUGAACACAUCAUGAGAAGCAGUGGGUCUGAGUUAUUCGAUCACGUUGCUGAUUGUCUGUCUAAUUUCAUGGAGAAAAGGGGCAUAAAGGAGAAGAAGCUUCCCCUCGGCUUUACAUUUUCUUUUCCAUGUGUGCAGACUAAGUUGGACGAGAGUGUUUUGAUAUCUUGGACCAAAGGCUUCAGAUCCAGUGGAGUGGAGGGAAAAGAUGUGGUCAGUCUUCUGAGGAAGUCCAUCAGAAAGCGAGGAGACUUUGACAUUGAUAUUGUGACAGUUGUCAAUGACACCGUAGGAACCAUGAUGACCUGUGGCUAUGAUGAUCAAUUCUGUGAAAUUGGCCUUAUUUUGGGCACAGGCACCAAUGCCUGCUAUAUGGAACAGAUGAGGAACCUGCAGGUGCUGGAUGGUGAUGAGGGGCGUAUGUGUGUUAAUAUGGAGUGGGGAGCUUUUGGAGAUGAUGGCGCCCUCGAGGACUUGCGCUCUGAUUUUGACCGGGAAAUAGAUGCAGGCUCUCUUAACCCUGGAAAACAACUGUUUGAGAAGAUGAUCGGUGGCAUGUACUUGGGGGAAUUGGUCCGUCUCAUCCUGGUAAAGAUGGCUCAAGAGCAGCUGCUCUUCCAGGGCAAGACUACAGCCGAGCUCCUCACUACUGAAAGCUUCAACAUCAGAUACAUCUAUGACAUUGAGAAUGAAAAAGAUGAGGAAGGACUGGCAAGCGCUGAGAAGGUGCUUAGAAACCUGGGUCUGGACCCGUCAGUAGAGGACUGCAUCACUGUGAGGAGGGUGUGUCAACUAGUGUCAACACGGGCUGCACACUUGUGCGCUGCCACUCUUGCGGCAGUGCUACGGCAAAUUCGGGACAACAAAGCGGCCGAGAAACUGCGUACAACUAUUGGAGUGGAUGGCUCUGUUUACAAAAAUCAUCCACAGUUUUCCAGGAAGCUUCACAAGAUGGUAAGCCGACUUGUACCGGACUGUGAUGUCCGUUUUUUGCUGUCACAGGAUGGCAGUGGGAAAGGUGCAGCCAUGGUAACGGCAGUAGCUUACCGUCUUGCCGCUCAACAAGCAGAGCGUCAGCGCAUCCUUGACACCUUGCGUUUGAGCCGUGAGCAGCUGGUGGAGGUGAAGACGAGAAUGAGUGAGGAGAUGAUGAGAGGCCUGUCAAAGCAAGACCAUCAACAGGCAAGCAUCAAGAUGCUUCCGACUUAUGUGCGAUCAACACCAGAUGGAACAGAGCAUGGGGACUUUUUGGCCUUGGACCUUGGGGGCUCUACUUUCCGGGUGUUGCUGGUGCAAAUACAAAGUGGACAGAGACAAAUUGUCGACAUGCACCAAAAGAUCUACAGUAUACCACAGGAGAUCAUGCAAGGCACGGGAGAAGAGCUUUUCAACCAUAUUGUGGACUGCAUCUCAAAGUUCCUGGAGUUCAUGGGCAUGAGAGGAGCUUCCUUACCUCUGGGAUUCACAUUCUCUUUCCCCUGUCGUCAAAGCAAACUGGACCAGGGUAUUCUCCUGAAGUGGACGAAGGGUUUCAAAGCCAGUGGCUGUGAGGGACAAGAUGUUGUCAAGUUACUUAAAGAUGCAGUCUCCCGGAAAAAGGAAUUUCACUUAAACCACGUGGCGGUGGUUAAUGACACUGUAGGAACCAUGAUGGCCUGUGGCUAUGAAGACCCCAAAUGUGAGGUGGGCCUCAUCGUAGGCACAGGAACCAAUGCCUGCUACAUGGAAGAGAUGCGCAACAUUGAACUGAUAGAAGGGAAUGAAGGUCUCAUGUGUGUUAACGUGGAGUGGGGAGCGUUUGGUGAAAAUGGGGAACUCGAUGACUUCUGCACCCAGUUCGAUCGCAUUGUCGAUGAAUGCUCAAACUACCCGGGGAAGCAGAGGUAUGAGAAGAUGAUCAGUGGCAUGUACCUGGGAGAGAUUGUGAGGAAUGUGCUAAUUGAGUUCACUACCAGGGGCUUACUGUUCAAAGGAAAAAUGUCUGAACGACUCAAGACCCGAGGCAUCUUCGAGACGAAGUUCUUGUCACAGAUUGAAAGAGACCGUCUGGCUAUGCGACAGAUCCGCUCAAUUCUGCAGCACCUGGGUCUCACCAGCACCACGUGUGAUGACAGCGUAGUGGUGAAAGAGGUCUGCAGCGCCGUGGCGCACCGCGCAGCUCAGCUCUGUGGUGCCGGUUUAGCAGCUGUGGUUGACAAGAUACGACAGGACCGCAACCUGAAUCAUCUCUCCGUUACUGUGGGAGUGGAUGGCACCCUUUACAAGACACACCCUCAUUUCUCCAUCAUCAUGCAAGAGACGUUACAGGAUUUGGCACCGCAGUGUCAGGUGACUUUCCACAAAUCCGAGGAUGGAAGCGGGAAGGGAGCAGCUCUGAUCACAGCAGUGGCCUGUAGAGUCAAAGACAGAGGUGACAAUUGAACCCCCAACAUAUGCUGUGGGUUGUUAUUAAAAUAAACAACUCUGACAGAUUUGCUGUGCUUUAUAGUUACAUACACUCCGAUCAUAGCGCUCUUCUGUAGCUAAACAUUCAUUUUGAUUUGAAUUCCUUUUGUGUGUGAAGGUUCACUUUAAAGGUGCACUUUAAUCGUAUGUUCAAUUUGAAUAACAACUAUUUAACACAAUAGCUGAAUAUGCUUCAGCCAACACUGAGAAGGAAAGGGGGUAAAUGAAAUCUGGAAGUCAAAAGUUAGUCUGUGUGUUUUUUGAAAUGACUGUUACAUACCUAAUGUUAUUGUCGUUAUUGGAUGAAGUCUGUGAUCUGUGCCUCUCUUUUUCUACCUGAUCUCUGGUAAAUCUCACCACUGCUACGACACUGUCAUUCGUCAAAGACUGUCACAAUAAAAUUGCUGUUCACGUCUUA